CUUCACACUCGCUAUUUGUCUUUCAUUUCCUGGAUAUAUCCACGAAGCACAUCCACAUCUACAUCUACUACAAUGUCCUGGCUGUUCGGUUCAAGUGGUAAGUUUCAAUGUCUCCUAUCAAACCCGAACCCGACACUCGCGCAAUGCGCCUGGCUUACCCAUCACCCGGGGAAUCAAUACAGUGGCUAACACAUGGACUUACAGAGAAACCCGCUGCUCCCGAGCAAGUACCCGCUCAACCUGCCCAAACCGAGAAGCCCAAGCCCUGCUGCGUCUGCAAGCCCGAGAAGACCACCCGCGACGACUGCAUGCUGUUCUCCAAGUCCGACAACCCGGAGCAGGAAUGCAAGUCCACAAUUGAGCAGUACAAGGCGUGCAUGGCUGGGUACGGCUUCAAGGUCUAGACAGCAAGUGAUCGUCUGGCCUGUACUAUACAACAUUGUAUUAUAGCAUUCAUUGGUGGGAGUUUUGUUCCUUUCUUUUGAUAUCAUCUGGUUCUUGGGUAUGCCUGCUUGGUGGCAUAUUUGACUUGGUGAGAGCAUUUGCGGUUUAGAUGAUAAGCAUUUAAUUCCCAAUACAACAUCUCAU